CAACAGCAUCUCUCACUCUCUCCAGCCUACUCCAACUACCAAACCAAGCCCACUUUCAAGCUUACGCUUCAACUCUCUCUACCACUUUCAAGAUGCAGCCUACCGUUCUCCUCAUGGGCCUUUUUGCCGCCGUCGCCGUCGCCGCGCCCACUGCCCCCGGCUCCAGCACCGACGUCACCUCCAACGUCAACUCGAACAACCCCCAGGACAACAGCCAGAACGUUGAGCAGACCCAGACCCUUCCUAUCAGCGUCGCCCACGAUGGUAUCUUGAACAACAACGACAUCGUCAAGAACGUCGACGUGACUGCUCUCAACGACGUCGCCAACGACCUCACCGCCGCUGUCGGCAUUCUGGGAACCGCCUCGGCUUAAGGCAGCGAUCAUUGACUCCGUUCAAAGCCGCGGCCUUCGAGACUUUAUGCGAAGGAGAUAGGCAAUGGCGGGAAGGAGUGGAGGCGGGAUUUGUCUUGACUCGUCUUGUACUUAGACAUUUUCUCUUCUGAGGUUGAUAGUAAUUUUAAUCGAGAUGUGUUUAUACACCUGAA